CAAAAAGAAGUGCGAAAGCAUUUUUCUUGCUUGGUUGAUUUCAGUACAUUGUAAAAUUUGUGCGGAAAAAUGAACUCUCAACAACGGGACACGUUGAAAGCCAUUAAAAUACAAGUACGUGUAAAGAAAUCGGACGUAAGACAGUGUCGACUAUGUCUACGAGUAGUUUCUCAGGCCGAUGUUCGAUGCGUAAGAAACGGGGUGGAUCUUCGGCGUAAAGUAUUAGACGCUGUCUCGAUCAAGAUAACAGCGUUUGAUCGGACAACUGCAGUAUGCAUUAAUUGUCUUCGGUUAGUGGACAUAAUCUACACCUUCCAGAAGACAUGUCGGAAGACCGAUUUGAUACAAACCCACACAUCUCUGAUGCUACACGAGGGCAACUGGUUAAAUGAAGAAAAUCAGGAAUCGUUAGAGAACUGCCAGGAGAUGGUUCGGAAGCACCGUUCAGAAAUCGAGAAAGUAUUUCAAUAUUCAGAAAUAAAUUAUGGACAGCCCAACCAAGAAACUGUCAGAACAAAAGAUGAUGUUGUUCUGGAAUCUGCUGAGGAUCUAGCUAUACAAGCAGACGAAAUGACCGAUAGCGAACCUGAAAUGAGUAUGGAAUGUGCUAAACAAUUGGACACUCCUGUGGUGGAUAAGAAAAAGGUGGCCAACGGUAUUCCCAGUCACAAGUACAUUUGCGAAAUUUGUGGGGAUUUAGUAGAUAAAACAGAAAGUGAAUACCAUCACAACAGACACUUAAACAACAAGCCGUUCGUUUGCUCCUACAACGAAUGUGAUGUUGCAUUCUUCUCCGAGCGAGCGAGGGGCCGUCAUGAGAAAGCUAUGCAUUCGGAUAACGGUCAACGUCACGAAUGUCCUAUAUGCCAUAAAAUGAUAAAAAAACAAUUCACUCUAUCGAGACAUAUGCUGUUACACAAAAACAAAGAUCAUUUUAAGGUACCUUGUCGGAUAUGUGGAAACAAAUUUUAUCCAUCAUACAUAAAAGAUCAUAUGGCAGUUCAUACGGGGGAAUUGAAUUACGACUGUGAAAAAUGUGGACGAAAAUUUGCAGCUAAAACUAACUUAACUUCACAUAGAAGAAAAUGUUCUUAGAUAUUGAAGGACUUAUUACCACAUAUUAAAUAAACUUAUGUAAGUCUUCUGUUCAAAUAAAUAAUAUCUACAUGAUGAAACAA